AUGACUGACAGCAAAACAGCGAAGAGAAAACCUGCUGGUCGUCGAACACAUUUACUGGGUGCCUGCAAGACUUGCCGAAAGCGACACGUCAAAUGCGACCAGACAAAACCUAUUUGCAAAGCGUGCAAAGAUGCGGAUGUGGUAUGCGAGACACUCAUAUCAGAGAUUCAAUGGGUGGGAUCAUCAACAAACUCCGGCAACUCUACCUCGGAGGUGAGCUCAGGUCCAAAUGUCCGCCGGCAGCUUUACACGGAGAAAGAAAGGAAGAUCAUGAGCUCUGCUCUUGUCAGCGAGCUGGCAACAUUCUCCAUCGAUCAAUUCCUAGCAGAGAUCGAUACUCAAUCAAAGGACGCCGAGGAGCAGAAUGAAUGCGAUAUUUCGAUGGGUCCCUUCAGUGUCUUCAAUCUGAACGGGCCCUUAAUACAACCAGAACCUGCCGAGGCUGUCGAUUCUCAGGUUGAGUUAGCCCUGAAUCUGGAUGUUUCUGAACAUCUACCGAUCGCGGCUGACGCGAGUCUUUCGGGAUUAUCAACCGCGGAGGAGGUUCUAGGGAAUCUAGACACCACUCUGCAAUGGGCCGACAUAUUCAGUCUAGACCCAUCUCCUGCUGAUUUAACAUUGGCCUCUCCUAUUUCGGGUUAUAACGAUCUGCAUUCGACUAUCUUGUUUUCUACUGCAGUGGCACCAGAGUCACCUAGCCACCCAAAACAUGAUUGGUUGCAACAGAGUCUAUCGCAGAUCCAACAUGAGACAGAAGAAGGAGAUAUUCUUUCUCAGGCAAGGACUCUGCUGAAGCAUUUCCAUGAGCACGUCGUUACUCGAAUCAUAUGGCUACCCAUGACACAAAAGUCCCCUUGGACCAUCAUGAUGAUUCCAGCCUCGAUAAUAGCACUGGACCAAUUGACUUAUAUGGGUCAGAGUGCUGUAAAGCAUGCUGGACUCGCCAAUCUAUACGCCAUACUCGCAUGCGCGUCGUAUCAUUUAGCUAUUAACCCGGGAUUUACUCCUGGAAAAUCAAGUCAAUACUGGGAGCAUAUCACCAUAACAGCCUACGAAGAGGCCAAGCAACAUAUACAGAGAAGUCUUGAAAAUGAGUUGGAAGGACCCAAUAAAGCUAAAUACAAGGAGCAAUUGAUGGCCAUGUUAAGUCUAACAACCUUUGCAAUACUUUCGGAUAACCAAAAGCAUGCCCGGUGCCACAUAAUCAAUAUGGAAUACCUUAUCAGAUUGCGAGGCCUGGUCAAGCCUCAUAUCUCACGAAGAGCUCGACUUCUCCAUCACAUGUAUACCUGGCUCCGAAUAUUGACAGAAAGCACACUGGUCGUGCACAAUCAAAUUCCACAUUCUUCACCAUCCAAGGCACUUUGUUCACGCCGUCUUGACAUGGAGGAGAUGAGCCGAUUAGCCCAACGACAUGCCGCGAUUCCUCCCUUUGAUCGGGCCCGUGAUCUCGACGAUUUUCUUCGAGUCACACCAGCUGAAUCCGACCGAGAUCUCAAUAUUGACGAUCCCAAAGACUCCCAUACAAGUCUUGGAGAUAUUCACCUCAUUGACUCACGAAACGUUGCCGAUGGAUUCCACCUGAUUGCAAACGGCGUUUCUGAGACAUGGCUGAGCCUUCUCUCGCAAACAACUCGUCUCGCUAAUGUCAUGGACCGACUCAAUAGCGGGAAAUGUGUCAUGACUGCUGAUAGACAACUUGCUCUACAUCGAAGAUCUCUCUAUUUGGAAAACAUGACUUGUGCCUUCGCUUCCAGGAGGCCGCCACUUGCAGAGGGAGAUCCAAAGACCCAUAUGCUCCAGGCUCUCAACUCCGCCCUAGUCAUCUACUUCUACCGGCGCGUCCGACAAGUCAAUCCCUGUAUCCUACAGGGUUACGUAACAAAAGUACUUGACGAACUCCAUGAAUGGGAUGCAGCACUCACACAAUUGGGUUGGACUGGCCCAGGAACUGCUUGGCCUGCUUUCAUGGCGGGAUGUGAAGCUAUGGACCAAAUGGAACGGCAAAGUCUGGUACAGUGGCUCGACAAUGCCUGCUCUCAGAGUGGAUUUACAUCUUAUUCCAAAGCAAGAGUAAUUAUGGAGGAAGUAUGGAAACAGCGAGAUGCAUGUUACGAGAGCCCCACCUCUACUCAUUACCAUUUCGCUGGGCCAAUGUCCUACAGUUGGAUGGACUUCGCCAAGGAAAACAUCCACUGGCUGCUGUUAUUCUAA